UGACGCGCCUCCACAAUGCGUGGUUGGUCUUCAGCAUCAGUCGUCGUUGAACCCUCGUCUCGCGAGCAGCUACCGUCCGGUGAAUCGAAAGCGUGAACACAUCAGACGAAAUGGCUACCAUCACGAGGCUGUCGAUCAUAAAAUUCCUUGAGCUCCUCUUGGUGUGCAUCCUUAUCGGUUUGCACUACAACUCCUUCAAUGCGGGAGAUCAACAUACCGCGAUGAUCACCAUGGGCACCUUUGGGGGAUAUCUGAUUAUUCUGGUCGGCCUGUUUAUCGGCAGCGUGAUGGGAACGCCGGUGAACCGCCGCGUGGAUCUCUUCUUCUCGCUCAUUGGAUGCGCCUUGUUCAUCGCCGCGGGCUCUCUCAACAUUGACUUCUUUCAAAAGAUGGCGCACAAGUCAUCGUUUCGCGAUACCGGCUUGGCCAAAGGUUCUCUCAGUAUUAUCGAGGGCAUCGUGUUCCUUGUGGACGCCUUCCUCACUUUUCGGGGAGAGAAUUGAGAUCUGAGUCGCUUUUAAGUACAACGGGGGACUGCACGGCCGGCAAUCGGUGUUAAUCACAUUCCGCGAUCGACGGAAAACUUUUCUAAUCUGUAAGGGGUUGGAUACUGCCAAAGAGUUUCCCCCGAAGGAAACUUUCUUUUCAGCCGGGUAGCCAAGUGUAGUCGCGAACGCGAAUCACACAUGCGGCGUCGCGAAGUUCCGCCGAUUUCUUUGAAUUAUGCGAAGCACGAGUUAAGAAGCUUCGUGAAAUUCACGACUUGUGCCAUUUGUCUUGCUAUUCGAUGCGAAGUGUCUGUUCCAUCGCAAACGAUCCGACGUUUCUUUAACUCGCUUAAACUUGCCAAGAUUCCGAUUUAAAACCUUUAGAAAUUGAACGAUGAUAAGAUAUUUGCAAGACACGUUCUCUCAUAAAGAAAAUUUUCUGAGCUGUCUAAAUCAAGCUCUCGAGUGUAAACGUGACUUCGCGACGAUAUAUGACCGAUGAUAGUACAAAACGUGCAGGGAUCGCAUGACAUUGAUACAUACUUGCAUAUUAUACAUAUAUAUAUAUAUAUACACAUAAUAUGUGUGUUAAUUUUAAUAAACGGCAGUCCCUUCGUAGAAGCAGGCCAGUUGGUAUCAUAAUCAUUAAUAAUUGUACUGAUAUCGCACUCAUAAGUUUAAGCCAUGCUAUUCUGAGAUUUGACAAGCAGCGAUAAUAAUAAGAAAAGGGAUGAUAACAUCAUGACACGUUUUUAUAUACGAGGUCAUUUGAUUGUAUCUCGGCGCUGAAUAAAUUCAUUGUGUCCGCCGUCCUUUCACGAGUAUUCGCGAAAUAUUUAUCUUUGAUUUGUACCUUUUUACGCUAAGACUUCAUCAAUAAAGGAAAAUUAUCAACAAAAAAA